CACACACACACACACACACGCUUCGCCACUCGCCACUUAGUGAGAAAAAUUAUACUGCUACUACUACUACUGCUACUACUACUACUAGUAGGUACUACUACUACUACUGCUACUACUACUACUACUACUACUACUAUUACUACUACUACUCCUGCUGCUGCUACUACUGCUGCUGCUACUGCUGCUGCUGCUGCUGCUGCUGGUGCUACUGCUGCUGGUGCUACUGCUGCUGCUGCUGCUGCUACUGAUACUGCUGCUGCUACUGCUGCUGCUGCUGCUGCUGCUGCUGCUGCUGCUGCUGCUGCUUCUGCUACUCUUUUCACUGUCUAGGGGCGACGUCAUGCUGGCGAGUGAGCGCAUCGAAGAGGUGUUGAGGGUAGUGGGCUGCGGCAGAAGAUCGCUGCCACUCUUUCUGGUACUGGGAUUAGCCAAUAUGGUUCAAAUACAGUUCAUCACUGUUUCCCUGAUCAACAUCACUCUUCCAUUCCGAUGCCACACCUCCGCCUCACUGCAGCUAGAGGACGUCGUCUACCCUGUGCCUGACAGUGUCUCAUCUGAUAUCGAAGAGGAUGCCUUCUUUUCCUCCAGUGGUGGUAUAAAAAAGAUGGCCCCUCAAGAUUUCUUUGACAGCAAGUGCUUGGAACCCUCCACCCCAAACAAUGUAUUGUUUCGGCCUCAAAAUUCUUCAGCCUCUUCAUCUCAGGUUCCCCCUGGGCUCCAUGCCACCGGCAUGGCAUCGUGUCCUUACAUUCAGUACGAUGACUCCCAGUAUAUAUCAACCAUCGUCUCCAAGUUCCACCUGGUAUGCGAGAGAGCAACGCUACGCCCACUGUUCCAAAUGAUGGCCAUGCUUGGAACCAUAUUUAGCGGCAUCAUGGCAAUCCCUCUGGGAGACUGGUUUGGAAGACUGAUGGUAACUCGCGUCACGGCGAUGAUUGCUAUCCCUUUGCAUGUGAUGUGCGCAUUCGUCCCCUGGUAUCCGGUGCUGCUGGUACUGCAGAUACUACUGGCUGUCUGCAACCGGUCCAUAUUACUUUCUACUCUCAGCCUUGUCCCUCUCUCGUUGCCAUACAAGCAAGUCAUGGAGAGCAUCCCUGCACGAAAUCGAACCGCCGUUGGAAUAUAUAUGGGGAUCCCCUACACAUUGAUGGUUGUGGGGUUGGCAGUGGCCGGAUAUUUUCUGACGGAGUGGCGUUUUAUCUUCCUCACUGGCGGUCUGGCUACGUACUUCAUGUUUCCACUUUCUUUCAUAGUAGAAGAAUCACCUCGUUGGCUAGCCCAGAACGGUAAAGGGUUAAAAGCUGCCGACCAGUUAAUGAAAGCAGCGUACCAGAACAGGAUAGACCUUCCUCCUCAUCUGAUUACCAGCCUGGAUAAGUUACAGAUUACUGAGCUUGAGAAGGAAGAAAAAUCUUCAAACAGCCGUACGCAGAAGAUCCAGCAGUAUCCUAUCGUCAUGGUAGCGCUGACAGGAGUCUCCGUCUUAUGGCUUUUCAAUUGUCUGAUGUACUUUUGUGUUAUUUUGAAUUGCAGUCACUUUAGCAGGGCUGACUUGUACGUAGGCCUGGUAGGCGUUACGGAAACGAUGGCGAUGCUGCUUAUGAUGCCCGUGACGCAGAGGAUAGGGCGCCGUCUGGUGCUGGGUUGUGGCCCCUUCAUAUGCGGCGUUCUGUUUAUGGCUAACCUGUUUUUACCUGAAGAUCGAAUGUGGCUGCAGUGGCUCCUGGCGAUGACUACAGUAUUUAUUAUGAGAGCCUGUUAUCAAACGAUGUAUCUUUACGUCAAUGAAAUCUUUCCGACGACGAUACGGUCACGAGGAAUCGGCUUUGCCAAUAGCGUGGGCACCGUUGGUUCCACGCUGGCGCCUUUGGUGAUCGACCCCCUGGUACAGACUGUCUGGUGGGGAGCAGCAAUGGUUAUGAUGAUUUCAGCAGUCAGUAUGGCUGUCAUCAUAUGCUUCCUGCCAGAGACUAACAACGUUGCAUUGCCUGACACCCUGCAAGAUCUAAAAGAGUUGAUGAAUAAAAAAAAAAAGCAAACACGACUGAUAACUACAUCUAAUCAAGUCUGAUUUCCUUUUAUGCA